GAUAAAAAUACAAUCAAUCGGUCUCCCUUUUUAGCUUCAAUUCAACUCAACAAUGGCGUCCUUCGUUAAAUCUACUUUUUCUGAUCCUAAGUCGAUGAGGGAGAGAAGAAACUUCUAAAAUUCAUACGUUUUUCUUUCUGGGAUCUCGCUUUCCGUUCUCAUCAAUCAUCUUUUUUAUUUGAGAUGUUAAAUCGUAAUUUUUGAGGAAGAACGUGACAGACAGAAGAAGUAUUGGAUUGAGCAUUCUUCUGACUUGACUAUGGAGUCGGUGAUGGUCGAUUCCGAUUCUCAUGAACUUGACUCGGAAGAAAAGGCUGAAGUGAUUUCGCUUCUUCCGCCGUACGAGGGGAAGACGGUGGUGGAGCUUGGGGCUGGCGUUGGCCGUUUCACGGCGGAGUUAGCUCAAAGGGCGGCUCAGGUUAUAGCUGUUGACUUCGUUGAAGAUGUAAUUAGGAAGAAUGAAAGCAUCAAUGGGCAUCACAAGAAUGUGAAGUUUCUAUGGGCUGAUGUGACCUCCCCGGAACUUGAUAUUCAUGAAGACUCUGUAGAUUUCAUCUUCUCAAAUUUGCUGCUCAUGUAUUUGUCUGAUGAAGAGGUAAAAUUGCUUGCAGAAAUGAUGAUCAAAUGGUUGAAGGUUGGAGGUUAUAUUUUCUACAGAGAGUCUUGUUUCCAAGAUUCCGAAAAUUCUGAUAAAAAGUACGAUGUGUCUUACCAUAGAGAACCAAGAUUCUAUUCAAAGGUUUUCAAAGAGCUGUGUUUUGUUAAAGAUGAUUCUGAAAACGCUUUUGAACUUUCUCUUCUUGACUGCAAACCCACUGGAGUUUUUGUAUUUUUCUAA